AUGGAAGAGAACAAGACCACACCGUCCGAGACACCUGCGGCGCCUGUCGCCGUCUUCAAGAAGCGAGGCGCAAAGGCCAAGGCAAACUUCAGAAAGAGGCCCGCAACGCCACCACCCGCAAACAGCGACAGCGACGACUCCGACUACUCCUCUGCAGAAGAUGACCAAGGCAGGAAGGUCAAGCGCAGGAAGAAGAACACAGGCAUAGUCACGGCUUCUUCGAAAGACAACCCAGCCGCGGACAAGGACGUGUCCGCCUCUGUCUUCAGCGCCGACCGCAGCGUGCCCAUCAGCAACUCCAACGAUGCCACAAAACAAAGCAACUGGUAUGACGAAGAUGCAAAAGAUGCGCUGUCAGCGAAGAACCUCCUAGGCUCAACACGCGUCAUGGCUGAGACGCAGGCGCCGGAUGGCACCUACAAGGGAUUGGCGAACCAGAGCUCCUUCAUUCAGAAGAACCCCAAUGCGCCCAAGAAGACUGUUGGCCCGAUCAAAGCCCCAACGAAUAUCCGCACAAUCACAGUCAUGGACUACGCCCCUGACGUGUGCAAAGACUACAAGCAGACCGGCUUCUGCGGUUUCGGCGACAACUGCAAGUUCCUCCACAGCAGAGAGGACUACAAACAGUCAUGGGCCCUGGACCGGGAGUGGGAAGACGUCACAAAGGGCAAGAAGCACCUUGGCGGGACGGUAGUGGCCAGCGCGGACCGGCAGAACAGGACGGCGGAGGAUGAGGACGAUGCAGAGGAGGCCCUGCUGGAGAACAUUCCAUUUGUGUGCCUCAUAUGCCGCGGCCCUUACAAGUCGCCCAUCAUCACGCGAUGCGGUCACUACUUCUGCGAGCCUUGUGCGUUGAAUCGGUACCGUCGAGACCCGAGCUGUGCGCAGUGCGGCGCGGGUACGAACGGGGUGUUCAACUCCGGGAAGCGAUUACAGAAGCUAUUGGAUAAGAAGAGGGAACGCGCGGCAAGGAGAAGACAAGAGGCCAUCGAGAGGGGCGAAGAAGUCAGUAGUGAAGAGGAGGGAGAAGGGGAGUAG